CCUCCUUGGCUUCAUCCAUUUCGCCUCUGGGGGCGGGGCGAAGGACGGAGGGGAGGCGGUGCCGCGCCUGCGCGGAGGGGACUCGAGGGCCUGUCACGCUGAGCUUUGAUCUGAGUGAGUGGAGGCAAAAUGCAGGACCCCAAUGCAGACACCGAGUGGAAUGACAUCCUACGCAAAAAGGGCAUCCUGCCCCCGAAGGAGAGCCUGGCGGAACUGGAGAAGGAGGCAGCAGAAAAAGAGGAGCAGGCACUCCUCCAGCAGUCAGUGGUGAAAACGUAUGAAGAUAUGACUUUGGAGGAGCUGGAGGAGAACGAGGAUGAAUUCAAUGAGGAGGACGAACGAGCUAUCGAGCUGUACCGGCAGCAAAGGCUGGCCGAGUGGAAAGCAACUCAGCUGAAGAACAAAUUUGGAGAAGUUUUAGAGAUCUCAGGGAAGGAUUAUGUUCAAGAAGUUACCAGAGCCGGCGAUGGCUUGUGGGUGAUCUUGCACCUGUACAAGCAAGGGAUUCCCCUCUGUUCCCUGAUAAACCAGCACUUGAGCGGACUCGCCAGGAAGUUUCCCGACGUAAAGUUCGUCAAAGCCAUUUCGACGACCUGCAUACCCAAUUACCCCGACAGGAAUCUGCCCACGCUCUUCGUCUAUCUGGGCGGCGACAUCAAGGCACAGUUCAUUGGUCCUCUGGUGUUCGGAGGCAUGAACCUGACGAUAGAUGAGCUGGAGUGGAAAUUGUCUGAGUCGGGAGCAAUCAAGACAGACCUGGAGGAGAACCCCAAGAAGCCCAUCAAAGACAUGUUGCUGUCCUCAGUGCGAGGCCCUGUCCCCAUGAGAAGGGACAGCGAUUCUGAGGGCGACUGAGAUGGCCACUGUGACCUUUUGAACUUUCUCGAUAUGACAUAUUGUAUGAAUUUUUACUGAGGAGGAAAAAGCAAAAAGUUUUCAUAUUUUAGUUUACCCUUUUUAUAAUAUUUAAAUUUUGUACAUUUCAGAAAUAAUCAUCACUGAAAAUUUUAUUAAAUUCCUUGAAACUCUGAA